AUGAUGUCAUUCAGUAGGGACUGUGUGUCUCAUAAUCAGAAAAAGCGAGAAUCAACUAGCAGUAAUGCAUCAAGCUACUUACUCUUACUCAAUUCACUCGCCAAUGAUUUGGACUGCAUGUUGAAUGAAUUGUGUAGUCCGACCGACAAUUAUCAGAGGAGUGAUGUCUUCCUGGAACCGUAUUUACAGCAGCAUGGAACGGUCAGUGAAGUUGAUGGUUCACCGGACACACCUCCCCCGAACCCACUCAUGCAACACCAGCUCGCUCACUUACAUCAUGUCCAGAGCUCGGAGUCACUUUCAUCAGAAGGAGAAUCCUCGGCUCAUGGUACUUCGGCUGCAGAAUCAUCUGCAUCACCUUCAGAUUCGGGGAGUGAAGUAGCUUGUGAUAUUACUCUUAUAGAACGACUCAUACGUUCGCAUCCUAUAUGGUUUCUUCCGGGGAUACAAAGAGCUGGUGCCUUUCAUCUAUUGCAAGGCAAAGAAGAAGGGAAUUUUGUGGUACGACAGUCAAGUCAAAACGAUACAAUGGCACUGUCAGUGAGGUUACCCGCAGGAAAAGGGCCGUAUAUUGAACAUUAUUUAAUUCAAGCAAAUAAGGGUAAACUGAGCUUAGAAACUAGUGACAAUCGAUUUGAUAAUAUUCCCUCUCUUAUAGCUCACUAUUCUCAGUGUUGCAGCGACGAGUUACCUGUCCAAUUAACGUUACCCCGAGCAAUGCGUGAGGCUAAAAAUAGACAGCAGCUGUCGUCACUGGCCCUAUUGGGUCAGGAGUUUUGGAGAUACCCUAUGGCAAAUCCAAAACCACCGGAAAGCGGUGGUAGUAGUAGUAGUAAUGCCUCGAGUUUGGGGAGUUUUAAUGUCGGAAAUGAGACAAUAACACACGAAGACAACAAUUUAAUAUCGUCUAGAGACAAAAGUAUAAUACUUAAUCUUAUUCCAAUUGCAACUACUGGUACAUUCGUUACAUCACAACAGCCGAGACUGCCACGACCAACUCCGCCAAAUACUCUCAACUUAAAGAGAUUCAAUGAGCCUCUUGAUGACAAAAAAGAUCGAACUGAAAAUAUUGUUAUCUUGCCAUGUGAAGAACCCAGUCAAAAAUUAGUGUCACCUAAUCUUGUUCAAAGUGUUCGCUGUCGUUCACCGGUCGUCCAUAAUGUCGAGAGUAAUGUACUUAUACCUACUGAAUCUAAAAGCAACAACGAGUCACAAAAUUUUAUUAAAAAUAAUUCAAAUAAUAUUAUAAAUGCUAAUUCACCAAACAGUCAAUCAGGAGAUACACGUAAUGUUGGAUUUGAUAGUCAACAAGGUGGUACUAUACACAGUACUAUACAAGUAAAUAGUAUUAAAACACCACCUACACCGCCACCACGUUGGGCUAAACCAGGAGCAAGCCAAUGUCAAAAUAGCAAUGUUACUGUUACAACUACAACUACAGUAAUUUCAUUAAAUGUUAAUCAAAUUGGUACGACAGAUUCAUUUCAACAAUUAGUAACUUCAUCAGACAAAAGUGUAACAAUGUUAAGCCCACAAAGUAUAACGUCUAACAAAUCAUUUUCAUCUAAUUUUACAAGUAGAUCUACCUUAUCGCCUAGCACCCCAACAUUAUUAUCACCUUCUUCAAAACUAGUCUCUAAUGGAAGAAAAACGCCGAAUCUCUUGUCACCUACAACUCCAUCAAGCACAACGUCAAAAUCGCGCAGACGUCGUGAUCGUGAAGCGAGGAAAAAUUCUCAACACUAUCAAGAGUCAGAUAUACUUGAAUCUUACUGCCGUAGUUCACCAGCUGAUAAAAUUUCUGACUAUGAAGAUAUUUGGAAUACAACUGACAGAUCUAAUUCUAGUUGGUCACCGCAUGACCGUAGUGAGCAUACUCUAAGUCCAUGUCAACCUACUGAAAAUUUAAUUAAAGACCCUUUUGCUGGUACAGACCGUGUGAUGCUGUUGCGCAAUGAUCGAUCAUCACGGUCACGAGAAAAAUUGAGCUAUAUGGAGAUAGCCAGUCCUGAAUUUAGUAGUUUUAAACCAAUUGCUGAAUCGUGUUCAAAAAGUCCAAGAGGUUCAGCUUCACCCGAAGAUAUUGGAGGAAUACUAAGACGUCCAGAUCUUUUGUCAAGAGUUUGUAGCGCUAAUUCUUUAAAUAGUCCAAACGUUACUGCCAUAACUCCGGUUAAAAAUAAAUUAGCUUUGAUGUUUACCAAGUCUGAGAGUAAUAGCCCAAUGACUCCUGAAUCUAAACAGAGUAGUCCAUUUUAUGCAGAACCCGCGGAUGCUAUACAACAAAUUCAACCACUUGUACCAAGAAGAAAAAAUCGUAAUAAUAGUGGUAUAAUAAGUAAAUAUCGUCACAGCGAACCUGGAUGGUUUCAGAUGCCAAGUGGUAAUCACACCAAUCAAAUACAUCCUAUUGAUUGGACUGAAUCUGAGGAAAUUGAAGAUAAAAUACCUCUUAUAUCGUCUUCCGUAGAUAACCUUACCUCAAAUCGUCUUGGUGGUAAAGAAAAUAAAAAAAUUUAUCCUCGUGCUAAACCAGUUCAACCACCUAAAGUUAGACCUAAAAUCUCAAAUGACACUUCCUGGACAGUUGACUCAAGCUGGGAAUUUAUUGGAAAUGAAGGAGAUGAUACAGGCGGCAGUGAAAUUACAGAACGUAAAGGAGGAUCGGGAGAGAAAGAGAAUGAUAAUGAAGACGAAAAGAAGGAUAAAUAUAGUAGUGAAAGUGACCGUAGUCAAAGUAAACAGAAAAGCCCAAAGCUAAAUGUUAAUGGAAACAGCGUCAGAAGUGAUAAUACAAGUGAUGUUGUUAAGACGGAAAAUGAAACUGACUCUGAGGAAAGUCCUGAAUUUAUGACUGAUAUUUUAUUACGACAAUUUCCACGGGAUAGUUGUAUUAAAGAUGAUGGAUCUAACUCACUUACCGUUCAGAGUAUCAUUUACCAGCGGUACCCAGAAUUAAUAAAAACAACAGAUACACUACAAAAUGAUUACAGCAAUUCGACCCUUAGUAAUAUUGAUAAAAGGAAAAAUCGAGAAGUAACACCGUCAGAUUGGGAAGGUGAUCAAACGUAUGAAGUAUCAGAAUGGGAAACUAACGUUGAUACAGAUGAUAGUGAUCAUGAGAGAAUAAAAAGAAAAGCCAGUUUUAAAGAACGAUUAGAUCCCCUUCUAUCUCCCCCACGACUUCAAGCCUUGAAAAAUCGUGAAGGCUGUGGAACUGGAUCAAGUAUAAGGGCUUAUGCAUUGUUGUUAGCAGCUGAUAAAACAACGGUAUUUUCACAAAAUAUUGAUAAUUUCAUCCAAUGUACUAUGGAAGGAAAAGAAGCAAGCCCUCACGUUGUAAUGAGAAACAUUCGGCAAUUUAUGUCGGGGAUGAAAAAUUAUCUCGUUAAACACGGAGAACGUGAAUUUGAAAAAGAAGUUGAAAAAGAGCGCCUUAAAUUGAAACCAAAUGAAUUUCUAAAUUUAGAUGCAAUACUUGAAGGCGUAAUGAUGAGGCUUGUAGUACGUCCUCUGCGUGAACAUGUAUACAAACUAUUUGUUGAACAUUAUGGUGCAACUGGGUCACUUAAUACCCUUGCUGACAGUAUUCAAUACGCUCAUAACAAACAUAUACAAGAAUUAGGCGUACGUCCAACUAUAAUACCACCAUCAGAUAAUAAUUUAAAUUUGAUAUUAAAAUACAUCGAGCGUUUACAAAAAUCAGAUUCACCACUGGAUAAAUUGGAAAACUUAUUGUCUGCCAUAUCGACUAUUUUUAAUUCAGUUAAACAUUCUAAUUGCGAUAAACACGUAACUCUAGGUGCUGAUGAUUUAUUACCGCUACUUGUAUGGGUUCUGGUACGUGGCAAAGUGGUCGAUGCUGAAAUAGAAGCCGAGUUUAUGUGGGGUCUACUUCAUCCGUCUCUUCUUACUGGUGAGGGUGGAUAUUAUUUAACUACACUAUCAAGCGCUGUUCACGUAUUGAAAACAUUCAAGACAAGUCAGGGAACUAUGUCAACUAUAAAUGGUUGUGGAACUCCUGAAUGUUGCUCUUCAGUUCUUCGAGUACUUGUACCAGAUGAAAUUCAUGGAUCGUUAAAUACUAGAACACUACCCGUCAGACCAAACAUGAACACCCGAGAGAUUUGCCGUAUACUUGCGCAUAAAACACGAUGCACAAAUCCACAAGACUAUGGUUUAUUCAAAUUAGUACAAGGCGAAGAAACAUUAUUGGGAGAUCAUGAAUGUCCUCAAGAGCUAUCACACUGCCUUUUUGCUUUUAAAAGAAUCGAUGCCAAGAUUGCUUGGCCAAAAACGACAUCUUGA